AAACCCUAAUCUUUCUUCCUUGCGUCAAUCUGAGCAAACUCUCUUCUGCCCACCGGCCGCCGUCGCAUUCUCGUCUGCGCCUCCCUCCCUCCCUCCUGAAAAAUGGGUCGUGUUCGUACUAAAACCGUCAAGAAAUCAUCUCGCCUGGUAAUCGAGCGUUACUACUCCAAAAUGACACUCGAUUUCCACACCAACAAGAAAAUCCUUGAAGAAGUUGCCAUCAUCCCAUCUAAGCGCCUCCGCAACAAGAUCGCCGGAUUCUCCACUCACCUGAUGAAGCGUAUCCAAAAGGGACCCGUCAGAGGCAUCUCGCUCAAGCUACAAGAGGAAGAGAGAGAACGCCGUAUGGACUUUGUCCCCGAUGAAUCCGCCAUUAAAACAGAUCGCAUCGAGGUCGACAAGGAGACUAUUGACUUGCUUGCAUCUCUUGGAAUGAGCGAGCUUCCUGGAAUUGUCCUCAAGGAGGACACUCCGUUGGUUUCCGCAUCGAUACCAGGGGCCUAUGGUGGUGGUCGUGGUGGAUAUGGAGGUGGAGCUGGGAGAAGGUACUGAGUUUUUUAAUUUGUAGGUUAAUUUUGAGUACUUGAUAUGAAUUACGUUUUGUGAUGGUUUUGAGACAAAAUCUAUGCACUUUGUUAUUCAGAUAAUGCGUUUCGAUGUUUUUGUUUAGUCAAAUACUAUCUUAGUUUUCAA